UUCAAAUGUCCUGAACUUUUUCCCAACGGCGAGAGUCAAUAUUGCUCAAAAUUGCAAGUAGAAGGAUGGACGGAGAACGCCGAUCGAAGAUCCCUUUAUAAUGGCCCAACCCAAUGACUUUUUUCCCCCCUUCUCAUAUACCAAACGCCUUCUCGUGCUCCUUUACAUUACAUUGAGACACUCUCGUUCGCUCUUUCUGACAGCGAGCUAGACGCAUAGACUUUCUUUUACAACCCUCCCACUCUCUUCAGAACCACUAAGACCCUUCUUUCACCAUGCGCUUCAUCACCGUCGCUUCUGUUCUCCUUGCUGCUGCCUCUCGCGUUCUCGCCCAUGAUGGAGAUCAUGGUGGAGAUCAUGAGUGCUCAUCCAGCCAGUUUAAAUGGACCUUCGCCAACACCGGUGUUAGUAUCUGCCUCUCCCAUGGUUUCAAAGGGAUUGGACAAUGCCCAUCCGACAAGGAAUGUCCCUCUGGUUGGGUAUGGAACGACAACUACCAAUCCUGUGUUCCUCAGCACCCCAACCCCGGCAACCCUUCGUGCUCUCAUGGAGAUUGGGACCAUGGCGACCAAUGCUGCCACAAGCCCCAUCCAACAACUACAACUCAGCCAGCCCCCACUUAUCGUUGGGGCAGUCAUCGUGGUGAUCGUGGUGAUGGUGAAGCGCCAGUCUUAAAACAAGAAGAUUGUUCAGCAACGGAAAGUGUUUCUUCCCAGGCAUUCUUGGAUAUGGUGUGCUCUAACCCUCGUUUACCGGGUACGAACUGGCCAAGCAUUUUCCUCUCAAUCAUGUCUUUCAUUUAUUUUAGCUCCGUGUCCUACAAACUUACCCCAUUCUUUCUUGUCUGAGUUCCCUUUUGACACUUGUCUCUUUUCCUUCACCUCGUUGUCGGUUGGGGAUUGUGAAAUAGCCGCUGGCAGAAUUACAGGCACCCGUGUUGAGACUUUUUCCUUUUUCUU